GAUACUAAACACAAUGCCUGAAGCCAGCCAAGCUCGUCCCAGCCUUUCAUGAUGAAGCAAUCUAAGGACAAAAGGAGAGGCAUUCCCUGGCUGUAUGGGCCCAAGGCCCAAGCAAUCAACAAUCAGCCCAAGGCCCCACAGAAAGUUCGGCCGGGGUUUAGCUUCGUUCGGUGCAAGCGGACCGGCUUCGGGGUAGUGACGUCCAUCCUGGGACGGCCAUGCUGUCCCUAUUCCUGUGUCGUGUUCGGCCUGAGCUACAUGUCAAGCGCGGUGAGCCCCCAGGGGAUGGAACGACUGGUACGACCACCACAAGCAGAGGACAUAGUCUACGGGCAGUACUGAUGUUACGGCGAAGGAUCGAAAACUGGUGGCAGGGUUUCGUGGUUUGGCGAUCUCUCACAGACCGAAGCAGCGCCGUUCAUCACGAAGGCUUUGCUUGGAGGACAACAAUUAAUGGCUUCGGUAGAAAAUGCACUAUCUAUCUCUGCUCCUAGCGUUCCUCUCUCUCCUCGUCUCCUUGGCUCGUCUCUUUUGCCGUCACCAUUGUGGGCCCUGUGCUCGGCUGCCGAAGCUGUUGCCUCUUCCUGCUCGAUUCCGUCAUGAUAGACCUCCACCGGCCAUGUUGGCCACCGGAAGAGGAGGAAAGAAAAAAGGAUCGAAGUUGAUUUCUAGUGUUACCGUUAUGAUCACAGUUUACUGUUUGUUUUCUUUUCAAAUUAGUAUUGCUGUUAUGAUCACGUUCUGCUCUUUCUUUUUGUUUUUUACUAAAAGACCCAUGUUGCAGAUACCAAGACGGAGAACAGAAACUAUUUAUAAAGGUAGAUAAAUGUUGCCAGUCUAUGUAUCGGAACUUUGAA